CCCGGACCUGCCACACUUCCUUUGAGGUCCAGAACCAGCGACUCAGAGAGAGAGAGAGAGGGGGAGAGAGAGAGGCGCGGAUUGGAAUAAAGCGAUUACGCAGACGGACUUUAAAGGAAAACGUAAAGGUUCUGUCUGGAGCUCACUCCCGGGUCAGGAUGUCCUCCUCCGUCACGGUUUGGAUUUGGUUCCUCCUGUGUGUGAGGGAUGCAUCUUCUCUCUUCCUCCCUGACUCCAAGGAGCUCAGGCAGCUGCUGAGCCGCUACGAGGGCGGCCCGAACCCCAGCGGCAACAGAACCAGACGGGCCAUCCGCUGGUCCGACCGCGAGGAGAUCCUCCUGCUGCACAACAAGCUGAGGGGCAGCGUCUACCCGACAGCUUCCAACAUGGAGCACAUGGUCUGGGAUGAUGAGCUCGAGAAGUCCGCCACCUACUGGGCCGAGCAGUGCCAGUGGGAUCACGGUCCCCAGGACCUGCUCAGGUCCAUCGGACAGAACCUGGCUGUUCACUGGGGCAGAUACCGCUCCCCGGCCUUCCACGUCCAGGCCUGGUACGAUGAGGUGAAGGACUACACCUACCCCUACCCUCAUGAGUGCAACCCUUGGUGCCCAGAACGCUGCUCGGGACCCAUGUGCACCCACUACACCCAGCUGGUCUGGGCAACCACGAGCAGAGUGGGCUGCGCCGUGCAUGUGUGUCCGCGGAUGAACGUGUGGGGGGAAAUAUGGGAGAACGCCGUUUACCUUGUGUGCAACUAUUCCCCAAAGGGUAACUGGAUCGGAGAGGCCCCUUACCGACAUGGCCGCCCUUGCUCCCAGUGUCCUCCCAGUUAUGGCGGAGGCUGCAGAAAUAAUCUCUGCUACAAAGUUGACCCACAGCGAUCGGAGACAGAAGACAUGAACGAGGUGGAGAAGCCUCAGGUUCCCAUUGUCCCUCGCACCACAGCCAAACCUUUGCCCAAACCAAAACCUUCUCCACCCAAGAAGCCAGCUGCCAAGCCCUCCUCUCCGAAAGUCACCCCUGCGAAGACCCCCGGCACCUUCCUUGCUCAGAAUAUCAAGUGUGAGACCAGACUGCGGGAUAAAUGCAGAGGAGCGACCUGUAACAGAUUCAAAUGCCCCGCUGACUGCGCCAAUAAAAAAGGCAAAGUUUGGGGAAAUCUAUUUUACGAUGCGCAAUCGAGCAUCUGCAGAGCUGCCAUCCACUUUGGCGUCCUGGACAACAGGGGCGGCCUGGUGGACGUCACCAGAACGGAAAAGCUUCCCUUCUUUGUCAAAGCAACCAAGAAUGGUGUCGAGUCUUUCAGUAAAUACAAGCCUGGCAACGCGUUCGUGAUGGCGAAGGUGGAAGAAAUAUCAGCUGACUGCUACACCACAGUCGCCGAAAUAUGCCCCUUCAAAAAGCCCUUCUCACAUUGCCCGAGGGUCAUCUGUCCUGCAGACUGUAAACAGCAGCCAUCGUACUGGUCCCCUGUGAUCGGCAACAACAUCUACACAGACAACUCCAGCAUCUGUAAAUCUGCCAUCCAUGCCGGAGUGAUCAAAGCAGACGGAGGCCUGGUGGACGUCCUGCCACUGGACAAGAGAAAGAGUUACAUGGGUGUUUUGAAAAACGGCAUCCAGUCUGAAAGCAAGAGCAACUCAGAGGGCGGAUCCUUCCGUGUCUUCGCAGCGAGGGCAUGAAUAACCCAGCCAAGUAAAGUAAUCCCACCUUCACUUGCGGGGCUGUCACCUGACUCUGGAGGAUGAAAGACUCACUUUAAUUUGUUCCUUUAAUUCAGCAGCUAAUCAGCAAGUCCCUAGUUGAAACAGAUUUUGUUUAAAUGUGCGCUUGAUAUGUGAGUAAACACUAUUUUUAUACUCUUCAUCGGUGAACUGUUGAGGCUGGAUCUCAAAAUUGGGUUUCUUAAAAUGGUGUUCCCUAAAUUAGUUCACUGAGAUGUUCACACUGUAUUUAAUCGAUCUGUACAUAGCAUUAUAUUUGUUAAGAUAAUGUCAUUUUAUUAUGGAUUUUUUUGUCUCCAUUCAGCUGCAUAUUCCACAUCUUUUCAAGAGUCUAAUCAGAUUUCAAAUUUUAGAAAUUGGGGGUUCCAAACCGCAGGUGUGAUUCUACCAGUCCCCAGCUUUUUAUUUAUGUAUAUAUUUUAUAUGUAUUUAUUUUUUAUUGCAGAUUUCUCCUUCCUCUCCCACCUAAGACAACUGAAUGUGUCACUCUUUACAUUGGAAAAUCACCCAUUUUGCCAGUAGCAUCUUUUCUAGGGCUUUCACUUCAGUCACAUGCACUUUCUUCACAUUGCCACAUCAUUCAAAGGAGCAUUUUCUUUUCCAAAUAGAUCACCCCAACACAGGAAUCUAAAAUAGUUAAAGAAUAAAUAAAUAAGAACAAGAGAACCCUAGUCUCUUCUUUCUCUACCUCAGUACUUCUGCUCUGCUUCACAGUCCUGGUCUAUUCACAGGAACUAGUUUUGUAAACAUGUGCAAACUGUAAAUAAACAUUUGACUUUAAACUGCAGCAUGAUUUAAUCUUCUGAGUUUAUUUCAAUGCUCUUGUACUGUAUGUUUGUAUUUAUACUGGUCUCAAUGGAUUAUGUCUUUUUUUUU